AUGGAAAAUAUCUCUGUACAACCAGAGCCUAAGAUUUUUGAAGACGAGGCUGUGGACUUCACAGAGCAGGAACUGGCCAGCUUGACACUUGAUCAGAAGGCCGUGUACGAGGAUGUGGUGCUUGAGAACUUUACACAUGUGGCUUUACCAGGGCACCUCGCAAAAGAACCGGUGACUUUCAAGGAUGUGACUGUAGACUUCAGCCAGGAGGAGUGGGGCCAGCUGGACGCUCUUCAAAGGGCUCUGAUCGGGAAGCGAGGCUGGAGAACUACCAGAACCUCCUUGCCCUCGGUAGAGCCAUCAAACCCUGCUGCUUUCCCCCCAGGAGCAGAGCCUCCACCCCACAAACCAGAAGUGAUCUCCCAUCUGGAGCGAGUGGAGCACAGAAAGCAUUGGAUGGGCCGGGACGCCCAGGAGAGCAGGUUUGCCUGCAGCCAGUGUGGGAAGGUGUUCCUGCAGAGCUCAGCUCUAGCACUGCACUUGUGCUGGCACGAGAGCGACAAGGCCUUCCCCUGGAGCACCGACCUCCAGGAGCACGAGCGCAGACGCUCUGGCGAGAAGCCCUUUUCCUGCCCGUGCACCACCGAGAGGCCCUAUAAGUGCGGUGCCUGCGAGAAGGCCUUCAGCUGCAGCUUGCUGCUCAGCAUGCACCGCAGGGUGCACACCGGGGAGAGGCUGUAUGCGUGCGGCGAGUGUGGCAAGGCCUUCAACCAGCGCACGCACCUCACUCGCCACCUCCGCAUCCACACCAUCCACACCGGCGAGAAGCCAUACAAGUGCGGGUGCGGCCAGGCCUUCACCUGCCAUUCCUCGCUCACAGUGCGCGAGAAGAUCCACAGAUGGGACAAGCCAUUCAAGUGCGCGGCGUGCGGCAAGGCCUUCCACAGCCUCCACCAGAGGACGCACACGGGGGAGAAGCUAUUCCAGUGCUCCGACUGA